UACAAAAACCAGAAGCAAAAGCAAACUUUUUCCAUUCCAUCUUCCCUUUCAUCUCCUCCGUCUCUCUCAGAGACAGAGCGAGAUUUCGUUGUUUACUCCUACCAUCCCUUAACCAAAUAAAAAACCCUCUUAAUCCUGCUUUAUUUACACCGUUUUCCACUCAUCUCUCCGACUUAAUUCUAAAACGAAAUCCCGGAUAUUAUUUUCUAACUCUAAUUUCCUUCUUCUUCUUCCUCUGUUGCCUGCUGUGCCUGGGGUUUUCUUUCUAGGCUGGUUUUUUGUAAUUAUGAAGAGAUCCGAUGGCAAACUUCCCAACAACUUCUCUCAAGCUUCCUCAGAUAAUGCGCUUUUUGAUGCAACCCAGUACGCAUUUUUUGGUCACGAUGCUAUGAAAGAAGUGGAUUUGGGGGGUCUAGAAGAUGGUGAAGAGGAUUCUCCCGUGUUUGCGUCCAUUGAAGAUGACGAGUAUCAUUUGUUUGAUAGAGGGGAGGUUCCAGGUUCAGGAUCUUUGUCUGACAUGGAUGAUCUGUCUACUACUUUUGCUAAGUUGAAUAGGGUUGACGGACCAAGACAUCCAGGAGUUAUUGGUGAUAGGUCUGGAUCUUUUUCAAGGGAAAGUUCGUCUGCUGCUGACUGGUCUCAAGAUGGAGACUACCUAAACUGGAUGGAUCAGAAUAUGUUUGAUGCAGAAGAUGCUCAAGACGUUAAUAAAUGGUCCUCACAGCUACAUCUUUCUUCAGCGUCUGUUCCUGAAUUGAAGCCUUUGUAUAGAACUUCCACAUACCCCCAGCAGCAACCACAGCCACAACACUUUUCAAGUGAACCAAUUGUUGAAUCCAAAUCAACCUUCACGUCUUUCCCCCCUCCUGGUAUCAGAUGCGAGCAGUCUUCACCUGCCCACCUAAGAAUUCCUGCUCUUGCUAGUGGAUCUCAGCAACCCUUCUCGACAUCAAGCCUCUCUCCAUUGUCCAACUCUAGUCCCGGUCUGGCUGGUCUGUCUCGUGGAUUGCGUUAUGAUGGCAAUAUACCCCAGCUAGCAUCUCCAGGCCUAUCUUUUAGUAGCAGGUCACAAAAUCAUUGGGUUAAUCACUCUGGUCUUUUACAUGGAGAUCAUGCCGGUCUUUUGCAUCAUAUGUUACAACAUCAAAUACCCCAUCAAAAUGGCUUCAUAUCCCCACAGUUAAUGUCACCACAACAUCAGUUGCAACAGCACAGGCUGCACCAUUCAAUUCAACCAUCUUUGGCACAUCUUACUUCCUUGCAAUCUCAGCUUUAUAAUGCCCAUCCUCAAUCACAUAAAAUGAUGUUGCAACGGACAAAAUCAUCACAAAGAAACAGGCAGAGCAUGCGUUUUUCUCAGCAAAGCUCUGAUACUGGCAGCCAGAAAGGUGAGAGUGGGUUAGUGCAAUUCAGAUCCAAGCAUAUGACUUCCGAAGAGAUAGAGAGUAUUCUUAAGAUGCAGCAUUCUUCUACCCAUAGCAAUGAUCCUUACGUAGAUGAUUAUUACCACCAAGCUUGUCUUGCCAGAAGGUCUUCCGGAUCCAGGACUAAACAUAAUUUUUGCCCAUUUCACCUGAAGGAAUCACAUUCUCGGUCCCACAAAAGUGGGGAGCAGCAAUUGCAUCUGAAUGCUGAUGCACUUGGGAAGCUCCCACUCCCUACCAUUCGUAAACCCCGUCCUCUGCUUGAAGUAGAUCCUCCCUUAGGUUCAACUGAUGGAGUUUCUGAACAGAAAACUGAGAAGCCUCUGGAGCAGGAACCUAUGCUUGCAGCUAGGAUCACCAUUGAAGAUGCUCUAGGUCUUCUUUUUGAUGUUGAUGAUAUUGACAGGCUCAUACAAUUUAAACAGUACCAAGAUGGUGGGACUCGGCUUAAACGAAGGCGGCAGAUCCUUCUUGAGGGUCUGGCACAAUCACUUCAGCUUGUCGAUCCUCUUAGCAAAGGCGGGCAUGCAGUUAGCUGUGCUCCCAAGGAUGAUAUUGUGUUCUUGAGAAUAGUCUCUCUUCCAAAGGGCCGUAAGCUUAUCACCAGGUACCUAAAACUUAUCAUCCCCGGAAGUGAGCUUAGUCGAAUAGUGUGCAUGACCAUUUUCCGUCACUUGAGAUUCUUGUUUGGCGGUCUUUCUUCUGAUCCGGAAGCAGCAGAGACAACUAUUGACCUUGCAAAGACUGUUUCUACAUGUGUUAAUGGCAUGGAUAUCCAUGCACUAAGUGCCUGCCUUGUUGCUGUUGUUUGUUCCUCAGAGCAGCCACCACUUAGGCCACUUGGAAGCCUUGUUGGGGAUGGUGCUUCAGUCAUAUUAAAAUCAGUUCUUGAAAAAGCCAGUCAAGUUUUAAGUGAUCCUUACGGGAAUUACAGCAUGCCUAGUUAUGCUUUCUGGAGAGCGUCAUUUGAUGAAUUUUUCACUCUUCUUACAAAGUAUUGUGUGAGUAAGUACGAGUCAAUAAUGCAAUCAAUACACAACCAGACCCCACCAACAACGGAAGUAGUUGGUUCGGAGGCUAUAAGGCGUGAAAUGCCAUGUGAGCUUCUACGUGCUAGUCUUCCUCACACCAACGAAGAACAGAGAAAGCUUUUGAUGGAUUUCUCCAAGCGUUCGGUGUCCGACAAUGGACCCAACUCACCAGCUGGGAGUAACAGUCAAAUAAGCUCUGAAUCUGUGAAGGGUUAAUAAGAAAAAGGAAAAAGGGAAUUGUGUAGUGGAAGGUAAAGCCUUUUGAUUUGGUUGGUCUGAACACUCCAAAUGCCAAGUGGGAAGCGUAGUUUAGUGGGUUAGAAUAUCAAAAUCUGUACAGGGCCUUUGGAAUGGAAUUGGAAACUUCUUUGUUUUAAUUUCAUAUAUUAUAUAUGAAAUUUUUCUGUUCCAUUUCAUUAUGUCAGUUUCUGGGGGAGAAUGUAUCUGAUGAAUCAUACUUUCUUUUAAAUAUAUUUGUAGGGAACUGAGGUGUGUUAUUGAAAGGCCUCUCUGAGCAAAUCAGAAUCCCGUAUUAAUUGAAACUGGUCCACAUGUUUUAUC